AUGCCUGCUAGGCGCGACGAGCGGCAAGGGAACGCGUCAAACAACGCGUCCACCCCGUCCGCCUCGGAUACCGCGUUCUACCCAACCACCACAAAGUCUGGCUUGGUUCGCCAGAUAUCAGUGGCCACAACAGUUCAGGACGAAGAUGAUGGCGAACGGACCGUGCGAACCAUUGAGACACAGCAGGGGUCGGAGCAGCCACAGUCCGAGUUCCAAUUACUCCUACGUGCAAACAACGAGCUUAUGAUUCGAUUCGAUCGCAUGUCCGAAGUUUACGCAAAAAAUGUUGAAGCUAUUACUGCGGAGUCAGCGCUGUAUCGCCAGGAGCUGGAAACAUCGUGGAAAGAGGUCAAUGAGCUCCAAAAAGAGAUCGUCAGUCUGAAAGAACUGAUCCAGUCGUUGUCGCUGGGGGCGCCCACCACGUCACCUGGCACCCAGGUCAGCAGCCCAGGAAGAAGCUGGGCGUCUAUCGUUUCACAAUCAUCGUUAGCGUCGUCUGAGACCCGGGCAGCGCGUGCCGGACUGGGCCUUCCUGCUGUGAUACUGGACCUACGCGCUGCUGAAGACGAGACCAAAGCACUAGUAGAUGACCCCACGCGGAUACGAGAGAAAAUCCGUACAGCACUUCAAGGCGAGACUACGACUGCGAGUAUUGAUGUCGUGGGGGUCAAGUCGACCUCCCGAUCCACAAUCAAAAUCUUUGUCGACUCAGAGGAAAGCGUAGCGAACCUCUGGCAGGCUACGCAGUGGCUGAACGCCCUGCCUGGAUCUAAGCUGCAAGGGGAACAAUGGUUUCCGGUCAAAUUGAACGACGUCAAAAAAGACAGUAUCUUUGGAGCAUCGGGAAUGCAACGAGAGGACUUCAUGAACACCUUCCAGGACGAGAACAAAGUCGCGCAGGUCAAAAAGAUCAUUUGGCUGAGUGGAAAGAAACGCUAUGGAUCCAUGGCGGUCUUCCUUACCAAUCAAACAGAUGCAGAGGCCCUGCUCCGCCGUCGGAUCGUCCACGUGCGGGGGGAAGCGGCUUUUUCGGACCGAUUUUAUGAACGACAGCGACCACUGCGUUGCCGCAAAUGUCAACAAUACAAUCACAAAGAAGACCGGUGCCCAAACUCCGAAGCCUGCGGCAAGUGUGCAGGCAACCAUCGCGUUGAGCAGUGCACAUCUGAUACUCUUAAGUGCGCGUCCUGCCAAGGAAACCACGCCGUCACUGACCGCAACUGCCCGAAAUGGGACGAAGCGUAG